CCUAGCGCCGAAUUCUUGUUUCUCGCCGCGCCAUGUGCGGCGGCGCCGUUCAUGCGCCAUGCAGAUUUGGUGGGUGCCAGACCCCUGCGGCCGAAACUAUGUCUUUAUCGCCCAGGCGAGGAAUUUGGGCACCUGUCCGAAGCCUUCGCUACUGGCGGCCUCGGGGCUCUGCGGGGCGUUGGCGCUGCGCAGCGGCGUUUUGCUCGCCUGGCACGAGGGCACCUGGACCCUGGCCGCCUGGGCCCACCUAGCUUGCGCCCUCUCGGACCCCGGCGCCGUGCCCCGCGGCGCCGCGGAGGCGCUGGCGCCGGAGGAGCUGGGUGAUGUGCGCUGGUGCAAGCAUUGCCAGGUGGCCAAGCCGCCGCGGGCGCACCAUUGCAGCACGUGCCAGCGCUGCAUCCGGAAGAUGGACCACCACUGCAUGUGGAUGAACAACUGUAUCGGGGCGAACAAUCAGAAGCACUUCCUCCUCUUCCUCAUCUACACGAGCGCGCACUGCCUAGGGGUGCCUCUGGGCGUCGUGUGCCUGCUGCUCCGUGCGGAUGAGGAGAGCCCCUGGUACCACGUCGCGCACAUCUGCGGUGUGGCGGGGCUGCUGCUGGCGGGGUGCGUGGGGCGGUUCUGCGUGCAGCUGCUGAUGGAACAGCUGCGGCACCUUUCGGCGAACCAGACGGGCAUCGAGCUUCUGCAAGGCACCACUGGGGAGAGCCGGAGCUUCCGGGCGACGCUCCAGGAGGUCAUGGGCAGUGCGCCCUCACUUCGCUGGCUGCUGCCUCUGCCCGAGCCGCGCGGCGAGAGCGCUGCCUGAGGAAGGCGCCGAUGCGAGACAGAGCGGGCUGCGG